UAUUGGGGCGCUCCAGCGGGCUGGGGUUUGGGGCGAAUUAUAAAGUGGCUGGACUGUGUGGGCAGCCGGGAGCGCAGCGCGAGGGGAGCGCACAACGGUGGAGACCACACAGCAUCCCUCCCGGUACUCGCUUACCUGCCUCCUGUGCCCUGGAGAUGGCUCGUUUCCUGAGGUUCUGCACCUUGGUGCUGGCACUGGGACCCGGGCUGCUGGCCACCGUGAGAGCCGGUUGCGUUGAGGACUGCAAUGCCUGCGCUGCCAAUGACUACCCCUACUUGAACCUCAAACGUUGUUAUAUGGAAUGUGACCUCAACCCACCUUAUAGCAAAAUAUGGAUAAUUUGCAAGAAGUAUAUGCACAGGAACAAAAUGGAGUUAACUAGAGAUGACAUCAGAGAAAACAGCGAUGAAGAUGAGGCCCAUUUUCUUCCCAAAAAGUAUGGUGGUUUCAUGAAGAGAUAUGGUGGCUUCAUGAAGAAGCUAGAUACACUUUAUAUGUCAGAGCCAGAAGAUACCAAACAAGAGGAAAUUCUUUCCAAGAGAUACGGCGGCUUCAUGAAGAAGGAUGCAGAGACAGAAGAUGACCUGAAAGAACUUGUAGGAGCAGAAGCCCCCCGAGAAAGUAAUAUCCACCAGUAUGGCAGAGACAGAGAUGAGGAAGUGAGCAAGAGAUAUGGCGGCUUCAUGAAGAAGGAUGCAGAGGAAGAGGAUGACCUGAAAGAGCUUGUGGGAGCAGAGGCCCCCCGAGAAGUUAAUAUCCACCAGUAUGGCAGAGACAGAGAUGAAGAAGUGAGCAAGAGAUAUGGCGGCUUCAUGAAGAAGGAUGCAGAGGAAGAGGAUGAUCUGAAAGAGCUUGUGGGAACAGAGGCCCCCCGAGAAGUUAAUAUCCACCAGUAUGGCAGAGACAGAGAUGAAGAAGAGAGCAAGAGAUACGGGGGCUUCAUGCAGAGCUCAAAGAGAAGCCCUGAGCUCGAAGAUGAGGCCAAAGAGCUGCAGAAGAGGUAUGGGGGCUUCAUGAGGAGAGUGGGGAGCCCUUCUUCUGACUGGUGGAUGCUCAUGCAUAAGAGGUACCGGGGCCUCCUGAAGCGCUUUGCUUCCACUCCUCCCUACGACAAAGAAGAUGAAGAUUCUUCCAAAGAGGGUCCUGAAAUGGAGAAAAGAUAUGGCGGAUUUAUGAAAUUUUAAUUGUCUUUGACCAUCCAAGUCCCCGGGUCUUAUCAAUCUUCCCUCUUUUUCCUCAGUGAAAACUGCUUUGUCAAUUGUGUUGUAGUGUCAUGUGUUGCUUGCGUUGUGCCGCUGGCUUAGUUUUUCUGCAUAGUUAACCAUGGUCUAGCCUGAGAACUAUCUGUUCAGGUUCUUGUUCUUUUGAGAGCCUAAAGCUCAGUGCUCUGUUGCAGCAUUCUGAAAUCAUCUUUGUUUUCUUGUCCAUUGUUUUUGACAAGAGCCAGUAACUGCUUACUUGUACAUAGAUGGAAUAAACCCUUCACCCUAACUGCACAA